AUGGGGAAGCGUCGCAAGCUGUCGCAAAAGGGCCCCUCCCAUGCGCCGAAGGGUGUAAGUGGGAAGCAGCAGCAGCAGCAGCACGGGGGCCACGGCCAGAAGCCAAAGAAGCCGGGCGGCUCCAAUAGCACGCCCAAGACCUCGGGGGCAUCCUCGAAGCCCCAGCAGCAGCAGCAGCAGCAGCAACACGCCGAGCCUACCAUACCCUUUGCGCCCGAAGACAAGAUCCUCCUCGUUGGCGACGGCGACCUCAGCUUCGCCGCCUCCCUGAUCGAGCACCACUACUGCGCUGACGUGACGGCCACCGUCCUGGAGAAGGACCUGGAAGAGCUGCAGGAGAAGUACCCGCACGUGGGGGAGAACAUUGGCAAGAUCGAGGCCGAGGACAGCCGGGUCGUCUUCGGCGUCGACGCGACCAAGAUGGCGCCGUUCACGGACAAGAAGGGCCGGGACGGGACCGGCGUCAUGGACCGCAUCAUCUUCAACUUCCCGCACGUCGGGGGCAAGAGCACGGACGUCAACCGGCAGGUGCGGUACAACCAGGAGCUGCUCGUCUCCUUCUUCAAGCGCGCGCUGCUGUCGCUCGCGCCCGGCGGCACCGUCGUCGUCACCCUGUUCGAGGGCGAGCCCUACACGCUGUGGAACAUCCGCGACCUGGGACGGCACUCCGGCCUGCAGGUCGCGCAGAGCUUCAAGUUCCAGGCCGCCGCGUACCCGGGCUACCACCACGCCCGGACGCUGGGCGUGGUCAGGAACAAGGAGGGCGAGGUCGGCGGUGGGUGGAAGGGCGAGGAGCGCGCGGCCAGGAGCUAUGUCUUUGUCCGCAAGGACGAGGCGCCCAAGACCGUGCCUCAGAAGAAUAAGAAGCGCGCAAGAGAUGCGGGCGAUGAGUCGUCAGAUGAUGAGUAG